CCCGCCCCGGUUCCGCCUCCGCGGCCCGCCCGCCCCGCUCCGCUCCCGGCCCCGGCCGCGCUCCGGCCCCGCUGCCGCCCGCGCGUUCUCCAGUGUGAUUUGAAUGAAGCACUCUCAAGUAAAGGCCCUCUCCAGUGCUCCCGUCCACAGGCCUGGACAAGAUGCCAAAGCAGGAAAACAGCCAAAGGGAAGAUUCUCUCAUCCAGAAUGACCUCAGUGAAUCAUUUGGAGAAGAAGUUAGAGCCUUCCUCGGUGAUGAAGAGAAGCUGCAUCUUUUUGAUGACCUCACAAAAGUGAAUCCAGUGACCACCAGGACAGUUCUGAAAUGUCUUCAAGCAAGAUACACAAUCAACCUGUUCUAUACAAAUGCUGGCUCCAGCCUGGUGGCUUUAAAUCCUUUCCAGCCUUUCUCCUGCCUCUACUCACCUGAGCUCAUGAGGGAGUACCACGUUGCACUUUGUCCUCAGGAUUUAAAACCUCACAUCUUUGCAGUGGCUGAGCAAACCUACAGGAAUGUCCAAAAGCAGAUGGACCCUGUGAACCAGUCCAUCAUUGUGAGUGGAGAAAGUGGUGCUGGGAAGACCUGGACCUCUCGCUGCCUUAUGAAGUUCUAUGCCUCUGUUGCUGCCUCAGUUGUCUCCCCAAAUGGCAGUGAAACUGUGGAAAGGAUAGAGAAGAGAGUGCUGGAUUCCAACCCUGUCAUGGAAGCAUUUGGGAACGCCUGCACCCGGCGGAAUAACAACAGCAGCAGGUUUGGGAAAUACAUCCAGCUCCAGCUAGACAGAUUCCAUCAUCUGACUGGUGCUUCCAUCCAGACUUUCCUUCUGGAGAAAACAAGAGUGACCUAUCAGGCACCCAAUGAAAGAAACUUCCAUAUUUUUUAUCAGAUCACAAAAGGUGCCACUGCAGAGGAGAGGCUGGAGUGGAACCUUCCAGAAGGGGCUGAGUACCGCUGGCUGCCAAAUUCUGAAAGAAACUUAGAUGAGGACUGCUUCGAGGUGACCAGAGGGGCAAUGUUCCACCUGGGCAUCGGCCACACCACGCAGAGCAAUAUUUUCAAGGUGUUAUCAGCCCUUUUGCACCUUGGGAAUGUUCAGUUCUCUAGUCCUGUGGAUGAAUCUCAGCCUUGUGAACUGCAAGACAAAACCAAAGAGUUUGUGAAGAUCACAGCAGAUCUGCUCCAGAUUCCUGUGGAGGAGCUCCUGGAAUCUUUAAGGAUCCGAACAAUCACUGCUGGAAAGCAGCAGCAGGUGUUCAAGAAGCCAUGCUCCAGAGCUGAGUGUGGCACCAGGAGGGACUGCCUGGCCAAAGUCAUCUAUGCCAGGUUGUUUGAGUGGCUGGUUUUGGUGAUAAAUGAAAAUAUCUACACAGAUCCCUCAGUGUGGACCAGCUUCAUAGGUUUGUUGGAUGUUUAUGGGUUUGAAGCCUUCCCUGAAAACAACCUGGAGCAGCUCUGUAUUAAUUAUGCCAACGAGAAACUGCAGCAGCACUUUGUAGCUCACUACCUGAAGGCACAGCAGGAAGAAUAUGCAGCUGAAGGCCUGCAGUGGUCAUUCAUAAACUACCAGGAUAACCAGAACUGCCUUGAUCUGAUAGAGGGACAUCCUCUCAGCAUUUUUUCCUUGCUGAAUGAAGAGUGUCGCCUGAACAGACCCUCCAACACUGACCUGUUCCAAACCAGGAUUGAGAAAGCCUUGUCCAGUAAUCAGUGUUUAAGUAGAGAUAAGUUUAGUAAGAAGCCCAACUUUAUCAUUUCACAUUAUGCUGGCAAAGUCUGCUAUCAGCUGGCAGCAAUGGUGGAGAAAAAUAAGGAUGCUGUUCCACCAGAGCUGGUCCACGUUUUGCAGAACUCAAAGGACCCUUUGCUUCAAAAACUAUUUCCUGUGACAGAAAAGAACCAAAAUAACACCAAAACCCAGAAGGGAGCAGCUGUUGUUACAGUGGUGUCCAAGUUCAAGAGCUCCCUGGAACAUCUGAUGGAGAUUUUGAGCAGAACCACACCCCAUUACAUCCGCUGCAUCAAGCCUAACGCUGACUGCCAGGCCAUGACUUUCAGGAGAGAAGAGGUUCUCAGCCAGCUCCAGGCCUGUGGAAUAGUGGAAGCCAUCACCAUCAGUGCAGCAGGUUUCCCAGUCAGGAUCCCUUUCCAAAGUUUCACUGAGCGCUACGAACUACUGAGGAAAUCCUGGGGCUCCAGUAAAAAAAGAGUGUGGGAUAAAAGCAACUCUCAUCCUGCUGAGAAAAAAGGUGAGAUUGCAGUGAUGGAUGAUGACAAAGCACCACGUGCUGCUGUUCUGGAGAUCCUUCAGGAUGCUGUGAGGGGACAAACCCCUGCUCAGGAAACAGGGAAUGGAGCAGAAACCCCCUCAGUCUACUGUGGCAAAACCAAAGUGUUCCUGGCCAAUUCUGUGCUGGAGCUCCUGGAAGGCAGGAGAGCUGAGGUGUUAAAUGAGAAGGCAUUUUGCAUUCAGUGCUGUUGGAGGAGAUUUAAAGAGAAGAAAACAGCCAAGGAGAGACGCUCUGCAACUCUCAUCCAAGCAGCUGUUCGUUCCUGGCUGGCCAAGAAUCGCUUCCAGAGGACCCGCAGGGCUGCUGGUGCCAUCCAGCGUGGCUGGAGGAGGUGGAAAGCAAAAGCAGCCACGUUGGCAGCAGCAGAGCUGGACGAGGGGGAAGGAAAGGAGCUCCCAGCCCCUGGAGCUGCCUUGGCCAACCCUCCCUGUUCUCUGGACACCACGUGGCCCCUGCAGGCAGUUGUGCAGUCCUGGCCCCUGGGGCUGGUGCUGGCUGCUGCCCCUGCCAGAGCCACGGGGCCCCGGCGGGCGCUGGAGCUGCUGAGCUGCCUCAGGGGGCUGCAGGAGGGCUCCAGGGAGGAGCUGGGCUGUGGCAUCGCCUCCAUCAGAGCCCUCCCACAGGGCUCUGUCAAGUUCCACUGCAGGAGGUCCCCCCUGCAGUUUGCCAACAUCAGCCCCCACAGGGAGGCGUUUUCCAUCACGGGAUUCAACCAGAUCCUGCUGGACAGAGAGGAGCUCCUGCCCACAUAGCUCUGCCCUGGCCUUGGCCUCCAGGGAGGGCUCUCUGCAAGCUGCUGCUUCCCAAUCAAUCACUCACCGUCCACUUCUGCUGCUACCUCAGAGCUUCCACAGCGCUGCCUUGUCUGUACAAAGGGAUGGAACUCGACACACAGCAUGAUACACAUUGUAACAGACAUUAAAUUAACCCAGAGUGUGGGGGCAGCUCCUCCCCCACACCGCACACAUUACAGGAAAUAGCAACACUAUGGGAACAAAUCGAUUCAAACAGAUCAGGUGCUUGAAGCAAUGAAUACUUGAACUGAACGCUGCUGGCACUGCCUGCACGAGCCAGAGGCUGCUGAUGAGAGAGCAAAUAAUGCAAAUAUUCCUGAUUGCUGCUGGGUUCUCAGAGGUGCAACUGUCCUGACUGACCACGAGCGUCCCCAGGGGAGUGAGGAGCACCCAGCUGCUGCACCAAGGGCAGAUGUCUCAGGGAAAAGCAAGGCUGGGCUCUUGCUUUUUAUCUACAGAACCAAAAUUUGUGAGCCCUCACAGCUGCCAGGUGCCUGCAGAGCUCCCCAAACAGCACCACCCUGCCCAGGGGCUCACCAGGGUGCCUUGUACCCUCCCUUUGUUGCUCAUGGAUCUUGAAAAUGUUCAGCUGCUCUGUGUAUGUCAUUUAAAAUAAACUGCUCAAUGCUCUCUCAA